GUCACGUCACUGUUUUUCUCUCACCGCACACGUCAACGUCAUCUAUAACUUCAUCGGGUGUAAUGUUUUGUAAAAUAAUAAAAUAAUACGGCCUUAGCAAUCGUGCAUCUUAAACCAACACGAAAAUGGUGCUCAUCGCCGCUGCUGUCUGCACGAAAGCGGGUAAAACGAUCGUCUCGAGACAAUUUGUGGAGAUGACAAAAGCUCGAAUCGAGGGAUUAUUAGCUGCAUUCCCCAAAUUAAUUCCUACUGGAACUCAACAUACAUUCGUAGAAACUGAUUCGGUACGAUAUGUGUAUCAACCAUUGGAGAGACUUUACAUGUUAUUGAUCACCACAAGAGCUAGCAAUAUCCUGGAGGAUCUGGAAACUCUUCGCUUGUUUGCUAGAGUUAUUCCUGAAUAUUGUAAUUCACUGGAAGAAAGUGAAAUUGCGGACAACGCAUUUUCCUUGAUAUUUGCUUUCGACGAAAUCGUCGCUUUAGGAUAUAGGGAAAGCGUAAACUUGUCCCAGAUCAGGACCUUUGUCGAAAUGGAUUCGCACGAAGAAAAGGUUUAUCAAGCUGUCAGAAGGACUCAAGAGAGGGAGGCAAAAUUGAAAAUGCGUGAAAAAGCGAAGGAGUUGCAGCGUCAGAAAAUGGACGCGACACGAAAGGGGAUAAAAUCGUCGUUCGGCGGCGGUUCGAGUUUCGGCAACUCGUCCUCGUACACUCCGGCCCCCUCGGUGGGAGACGUGGCGAACGUUUCUAACGACGUUAAACCUUCAUACACACCUGCGCAAGCGCAGAAGCCGCGCGGUAUGAAACUAGGCGGCAAAGGCAGGGACGUCGAGUCGUUCGUCGAUCAGCUCAAAUCAGAGGGCGAGAAAGUCACCGCACAGACCAACAGUAUUUUGCAACCGGGGGGCAAAGCGCCCGCCAUCAAGACCGACGUGGACGACGUUCUGCUCCGAUUGGAAGAGAAAUUGGUGGUAAAAAUGGGUAGAGACGGAGGCGUUCAGCAGUUCGAGCUUUUGGGACUCGUGACACUUCAUAUUGGGGACGAAAAGUGGGGUAAGAUACGUGUUCAGCUCGACAACAAGGACACCAGAGGUGUUCAAUUGCAAACGCAUCCUAAUGUGGACAAAGAGCUGUUCAAGAUUAAGUCGCAGAUCGGCUUAAAGCAACCGGCGAGGCCGUUUCCCUUGCACACUGAUGUGGGAGUUUUAAAGUGGAGAUUGCAGGGCACAGAUGAGAGUUUGGUGCCGCUGUUAAUUAACUGCUGGCCGUCCGAAGCUGGGGAUGGUAGUUGCGACGUUAAUAUAGAGUACGAACUUGCCGAUCCAAAUCUCGAACUUGCUGAUGUGAAUAUUGUCAUUCCAUUGCCAAUUGGGUGUUCACCAGUUGUUGGCGAAUGCGACGGAACUUAUACACACGAGUCGAGACGUAAUCAGUUAGUUUGGAAUUUGCCGUUGGUUGAUUCGACUAACAAAACUGGUUCAAUGGAAUUCAACGCACCAAGAGCGAUUCCUAAUGACUUUUUCCCCUUGUCGGUUUCGUUCAGUUCGAAAUCAUCAUAUGCUAAUAUUAAGAUCACGGAUGUAUUGUUGGUGGAAGAUGAUUCUCCAGUAAAAUACAGCACUGAAACGUGCCUGUGUCCGGAUAAAUAUGAAAUAGUAUGAAUAUUAAUAUGAUAAGCUAGAAAAGUACUACCUAUAUGGUUUCACUUGUAUAAAUAUUUACUAAUAUUUUAUUCAUUUAUUACGUUGUUGCUUUUUGUACAAAAUUUUAAGGAAUUUGUCUGUCUUUAUUUUUAUCUAUAAUAAAGUAAAUGAAAAUUA